GUUUAUUAGUUAUAUCUAGCUUUGCGCAGGCUUCUUUACACCAAUGCUAAGUGCAAAUAUCAUAUGUGAUGCGCGCAAAGCGUUCUGGAUGUGGCUACUUUGCUUCGCAGUCUGCGUCGCUGAGCUGGGCGUCCGGGCGUCCCCCGGGCGUCCCUCCCCGGCGGGCUCUUCGUCGGUGGUGGUGGUGGUGGGCUCGGCGGUCGAGGAGCGCCAGAACCUGAGCUGCUACUCGUGCAACUCGCAGCUGGAAGGAGAGGGCUGUCGCUUUCCGCACAACAUUAGCCGGGCCAUGAUUCGCACCUGCCCGGCCUCGCACCGCUACUGCACCGUGACCCGCGUGGACUACAGCGUGGACCCCGGCAGCGCCUCGCUGGCGUUCUCCAUCGAGCGCAGCUGCAGCGAGCAGUGCACCACCGAGUGCGUGGCCGUCGGGGAGAGGCUCCGGCUCUACCUGUGCCGCUCCUGCUGCCAGGGGAGCCUCUGCAACACGGGAAACGGGACACGCUGGUCGCUGCCCACCUGGCCGCUUCUCGUCGCCAUGGCAGCCGCUUCCUUUGUGCCACCGUGGGGCUGCCAUCGCGUUUGGGCAGCCAAACUUGUCGCGUGAAUGU